AUGUCAAACAUUUACGAAAUUAUCAAUAGCCUUCUCGAUAAAGAAGAAACUAAAAAAUUACAAAUUCAUCUUAUUAAUAAUUCAGAAAAAGAAAAAAGUCUUCUUUUGGCCCUUGUGAGUCACGAAAAACCUGAAGAUAAACUGAGUCUUUUGAAAAGUUUCCUUGAUAAUAUUUCUGCUGAACAUCAAGAAAAAAGAUCAUUGAAUGCUGAAUUAUUAUACGAACAAGAAAAGAUGAAAAGAACUCGUCUUGAAGCCAUUUUAGAUGCGACGACUCAUAGCCUUUCCUCGCUAUGGUAUAUAUAUCAGCCAAUACACUGUCAAACCUUAUGGUUUGAACCUGCAAGAAAAUCACUUUCUUUCGCUACACCGCCAACGGGAGAUAAAGAAAACGUAUACCAAAGUUAUUUUUGUGAAAAGAUCUUGUCACAGCUAGAAGGGGAUAAUUACGUCAAAGCUGUUGACACGCAUUCAAAAAAAAUUCUCGAUGGAAAGGCCCCAGACAUAUGCACUCAUCUUGAUGACUAUUUAUUAACAUCACACACGAUAGAAUCUAUAGGCGAAAUUAAACCCCACGGUUCAUGUUUCACGCCAACCAACCAAGGACAAGUUAUUAUGUAUGCAACAAUCGCAUUAAAACAUCAGAAAGGUCGUCAAAAUAUCACGGGAUUUUUGACGGAUUGUUAUCACGUAAUGUUUAUUCAAGUAACUAAAGACGAUAGUGAGAAAGGCCCGUACAGAGUAACCUACUCUGAUAAAUUUAACCUCAGUAAUCAAACAUAUACAAGUUAUUUACGGGGUCUACUAAGUACAUUGUCCUACCACUCGAUGACAGGACUAAAUGUCAAAAUGAAUGAUUUGAUUGCGCAUACAUCUCUAUCGAGUGUAUUUGGGAUUUGUUAUGAUGAAGACGCAGUUGUUAAAAUUGUGUCACGACCUGACAUAUUAAUGAAUGAAAUAAAUGUAUUAACAAAACUUCAGAGACGAGGAGUCAAUGAUGGUAUUAUAAGACUUGUUGGUUCAUCUGAUACAGCGAUGCUAUUAAGACCACGAGCAGUUGAAACAUUUAAGGAAUGUAAUAAACCUGUAUCCUUAUUAGCGGAUAUUAUUGAAAUAAUUAAGAAAUGUCAUGAAAAUGGGAUAGUACAUGGCGAUACUCGAUUGACAAAUAUCCUUGUGGAUAAAAAUGGCAAACUUAUACUUAUCGAUUUCGGAUGUGGUUCAGACGUGGGCAAG